GCGUAGCGUGUUAGACCUCUGGACCCUUUCACUUGUCGCCCUGCACCGCCGCUGCCUUUAUCGCUUUUGUUCUUAGCCCGUUCACCUUUUCGGACCACAGACUCAACAUGGCAGACCUCCAGGCCCAGUUUGAGAGCGCUGCGACAGACGUGAAGAACCUGAAGGCCAAACCCUCAGACGACGAGAUGCUGCAGGUUUACUCUCUGUUUAAGCAGGCCACAGUGGGAGACAUCAACACAGCUCGUCCGGGCAUGUUUGACUUCACCGGCAAAGCCAAGUGGGACGCCUGGGAGAAACAGAAAGGGAAGGCCAAGGAGGCAGCCAUGCAGGAGUAUGUGAAUCUGGUGAACGAGCUCAAGACCAAGUACGGCUUCUGAACCACGCCUUAACACUGUAACCACGGCAACGGAUGAUGUAGGACACAACCCCCGCUCCUUCGACUCGUACAUGCAGUUUUGAUCCACACGAUUUAUAUCAUUUUCUAUGAGUCCACUCAUUUCAAUUUCAAAAUAAAAUUCCAAAU